UCAUAUUGAAGAAUCUAUAAAGCUCACCUCAUAGAGAUGCAGUACAUUCUAAUUCUGUGGCUCACCCAAGGUGUUUGUGUUUUUGCAGGGGGAGAAGAAUGCAGGUUUUGACAUGUUGUACCACAACAUGAAGCAUGGCCAGAUUGCUACCAAGGAGCUGGCAGAGUUUGUCCGCGAGAGGUGAGGUGUUGUUUGGGCUGGGAUGUAUAGGAGUGAUGUUUCUUAAUCAGUUUUUCUUUCAACUCAUCCAUCCAUUUGAGACGUUCAUAAAUGUUUUGAAGUUUGCCUUUAAAAAGACUGAUUCCAAUACUGGCUACAGGGCCUUGCUGUUUCCUUUCAGAUCACGUCUUUGAUGGAGCCGCUCCUCUCCACUAACACCUGCCUUCUAAUCCACACAACUGUGCUGUAUUUGAACUCAGACCAGCACACAGGAGUGUUAAGAGACACACACACAUUUGCGCACACACACUCUCACGCAAUACAAGACACAGCCCUCAAGACAAGGAGCUCCCUGUCUUACUAUACAAACGCACGCACGCACGCAGUAGCUGUGUUUUGGCCUGUUAUCUGGGCACUCAUCUCAGGUAACAUGCUCAGUCUGAAUAAUCCUCCUCCUGGAUUGUUUUCCCAGAAGUCGUCUGUAUUUAUUCAGUCUGUUAAUGAGUCAAUUAGCUGGAAUUAGAACACUCAUUGUAGUAUUUAAGCCUGGGCUUUACAGGGCCUUUCUCACAGAGGGGAAUACAACAACCUUCACUGUCAGACUGUCAUAAUCUUGACUUUUAUUCAUAAGAUCCGAACCACUGCACAUUCCCCACAGAAGGGAGGAAAUUCAGUUAUCUACUUGGAGACAACAAAGUGUCAGUCAGGAAAUGAAAUAAGACGUUGUAGGGAAGCUGGCUCUCUCAGCACAGACAGAGUAACCAACCCAUUGAGCUGAUUGAUUCCCCACGCUCAGCUCUUCUCUAUGGGUCUGAGCUCUUUCUCAAUCUGGAUCUUCUAUGUAUCUAAAAUUUGAAUCUAGGAGUGGUUGAUUUAGAAAUGUCAAGUAUUCGAACCCUUUGUAGGCCUAGCUACCCAUCUUCAAGGUGUACUACUUCUCCAAGGGAUUUCUCUGUUGCCGGAGGCCUGUGAAACUGCAGUGAUUUCUCUGUUGCCGGAGGCCUGUGAAACUGCAGUGAUUUCUCUGUUGCCGGAGGCCUGUGAAACUGCAGUGAUUUCUCUGUUGCCGGAGGUCUGUGAAACUGCAGUGAUUUCUCUGUUGCCGGAGGCCUGUGAAACUGCAGUGAUUUCUCUGUUGCCGGAGGCCUGUGAAACUGCAGUGAUUUGUUUUCGGUUUGUUUGUUUUACUUUUCUCUUUCCUCGUCAGGGUGGGAGGAGGGGGUUUUACCGCGGGUGCUACAGAUGGUUAUUAAAGUUGUAUGUUCCUCCUGCAGAAAUGAGGCCAUUUAUUAUUUAAAUUCGGGUUAGGGCAACAUUUACAGAGUACUGAAGCUAAAUCUUUAUUUUCCCUUUGCCUGGUUGUUUAUGCCUUAUGUUUGUGCUUUAUUAUGCUCUGUACAUAAUAAUAUGACAUAUUAUGCUAGUAAGAUAUGCAGUCGUUUUGUGUGAGCCGGAAGGGUAUGAGUGUAGAUUUAUCUGCAGUUGGAUGCAGGAUUUCCAAUGCUGAGACUGCAUAGACCAUCCCUGCCUGGUUUGUUACUGACCAGCCACGGGCUCAUAGGGAAUGACUCGAUCUAUCUGUGGUUCUCAGGGCUGCCAUCGAGGAGACCUACUCCAAGUCCAUGAGCAAACUGUCCAAAAUGGCAAGCAAUGGAAGCCCACUAGGGUGAGUAUAUUAGAAAACUCUUGCCAUCAACAUCUCAGUUUAGAGAGCAGUAUUCUUAUCAUAAUGAAAUCAACUGUUUCAUAUGCUGGCAGGGUGCCUAGAGGAUUUACAGUAGUUUGUCUGUAUGGUUUGAUUCUCUAGGGCAGGGUCUAUGAUUACUAGCAGGUCAGGGAUGUGGUCUACUCCAUCCUCCCAGAUUUCUCUGCCUUCUUCACUUCCUGUGUGUGUUGCUUUGGUUUGUUUGACUCUAGAAAUGCACCAUAAAGAUGAACUUUAAUGUCAUAUUACCUUUCAAACAAAAUGUAUGAAAUUGCGUCUGUUAAUGUAUGUGAUUUAAUAGAUUUUUAAAAACACGAUGUUGGUGUUAGGACCUUAUAAUGUAGGUGACAUAUUGCUCUGUGUCCCUUAGGACGUUUGCUCCUAUGUGGGACGUGUUCCGGGUGUCAUCAGACAAGCUGGCUCUCUGCCACCUGGAGCUGAUGCGUAAGAUGAACGACCUCAUCCGGGACAUCAACAAGUAUGGUGACGAGCAGGUUAAAGUUCACCGCAAGGUAACAUGAUGCCCCACUUCUCACCAUAUGACCCCUCUGUCCCCCCCAUCACUCAUUAUAUUAUAAACUGGGUGGUUCGAGCCCUGAAUGCUGAUUGGCUGAAAGCUGUGGUAUAUCAGACCAUAUACAACGGGUAUGACAAAACAUUUAUUUUUACUGCUCUAAUUAGGUUGGUAACCAGUUUAUAAUAGCAAUAAGGCACCUCGGGGGGUUUGUGGUAUAUUGUCAAUUUUCCACGGCUAAGGGCUGAAUCCAGGCACUCCAUGUUGCGUCGUGGAUAAGAAAAGCCCUUAGCCGUGGUAUAUUGGCCAUAUUCCACACCCCCUCGGGCCUUAUUGCUUAAAUAUAUAAUUACCAUUUAAUAAUAUGUGCAUGGUGUGUUUCUCACAGACCAAGGAGGAGCAGGUGGGGACCCUGGAGGCUGUUCAGGCCGUCCAGGUGCAGAGUGGUCACCUCCAGAAGUUCAGGGAGGGCUACCACGCCAAGUGUAUUGAGCUGGACAGACUGAGGAAAGAGGGAGCUCCCCAGAAAGAACUGGAGAAGGUCUGUCACUAGGCAUCAAUGAACACAUUCCGUAUAAUACAGUAUAGCUGUCUUAACUGUUAUAAGAGCACAGGGUGCCUUAUGUUAAUGAAUGAAUAGUUGCUGAAAGUACACUGAAUAAGAGAAAGUUGAACAAGGUUGUUAUUAUUAUAACAGAUAAUUUGUUCUCAAUGAUGACUCACCAGGAUGAAUAAAGGUUACACUAAUGACUGGAUGAAGUCUAUAAUCUUCCCCUCUCUCUCACUAGGUGGAGAUGAAGUCUAUAAUCUCCCCCUCUCUCUCACUAGGUGGAGAUGAAGUCUAUAAUCUUCCCCUCUCUCUCACUAGGUGGAGAUGAAGUCUAUAAUCUUCCCCUCUCUCUCACUAGGCGGAGAUGAAGUCUAUAAUCUUCCCCUCUCUCUCACUAGGCGGAGAUGAAGUCUAUAAUCUUCCCCUCUCUCUCACUAGGCGGAGAUGAAGCCUAUAAUCUUCCCCUCUCUCUCACUAGGCGGAGAUGAAGUCUAUAAUCUUCCCCUCUCUCUCACUAGGUGGAGAUGAAGUCUAUAAUCUUCCCCUCUCUCUCACUAGGCGGAGAUGAAGUCUAUAAUCUUCCCCUCUCUCUCACUAGGCGGAGAUGAAGUCUAUAAUCUUCCCCUCUCUCUCACUAGGUGGAGAUGAAGUCUAUAAUCUUCCCCUCUCUCUCACUAGGCGGAGAUGAAGUCUAUAAUCUUCCCCUCUCUCUCACUAGGCGGAGAUGAAGUCUAUAAUCUUCCCCUCUCUCUCACUAGGCGGAGAUGAAGUCUAAGAAAGCUGCAGAGUCGUUUGCUGUGUGUAUAGAGAAGUAUAACCGCGUGGGAGGAGACUUUGAGCAGAAGAUGAGCGAAUCAGCCCAGGUCAGUCAGUGCACUGGGCCUGGGGCGGGUUACUUAGACAGACUCCCUGGAGGAACCAGACCUGUUAUAUCACUGUGGCCCAAUCCUGGGGUUCCCUUAAGUUAACAUAAACCUUUUUUGUUCACAAUGAACAUGUCUCCAUGGCAACCUUCACAGUUUCCAAGGAAACCCUCAACAAACCCGAUGAACGGUGCUAUAUUUGGUUAUUAAAUGAUGGCUGGAAUCCUGGUGACCAAUUACCUGUUAAUAGCUACAAUGGGAGAUCUGUCCCUAAUUAUGAGUGAGAAGGAGAGAGCUCAGUGUGUUUUCAUGAAGACAACAGCCCAGAGCAUGACAGGGGGAAAUGACCUGUUCUUUUAAGCUAUUACUCUAGCCCACAUGCAGUGUUGUGAUUAUUACCUGGGAUGGGAGUUAUAUUAUGCUCCCCUGCCUUGGUCUGUACCUGGUUCUAUUCCUGUACAGUUGCCUCUGGUCUUUGUCUUGGGGUUCUUUUGGUUUAUUUCUUACCACUUAGCUCUACUUAAGUAGCAUUUUGUGAUGUUUUAUGGGUAUUUUGAGUAGCAUUUUGUUGUGCUUUGGGGUAGUUUGCUGUAAUUAGGACCCAUCUUGGUGUCUGAACACCGUUGUUGGGUUCUCGUCCUUUGUACAGAAGUUCCAGGACAUUGAGGAGGCCCACCUGAGGCAGAUGAAACAGCUGAUCAAGGGAUACUCCCACUCCAUAGAGGACACCCAUGUCCAGGUGGGACAGGUAGGUCACCCAGGCACUGACCCAGGCCAGGAGAGUCUGUCUGGAGGGAUUUAACUGACCUCUCUGAGGGGUUGUCUCCUGCUACAGUCAAACUGAACCACAGUCAAAUUUCACACACAGAGCACAUCCACAACACACACUCCAGUCCAAACCCCUCUCUCUUCUCUUUCUCUUGAGCUGCUCUCUGACUGCAUUGAGCCCCUCUCUCCUCUGUUCAGGUCCAUGAGGAGUUCAAACAGAACGUGGAGAACAUCGGCAUAGAUAACCUCAUCCAGAAGUUUGCAGAGCAGAAGGGCACAGGCAAGGACAGACCAGGUAUACCACACAGACACCAUAAACAGAUGGUUUGAUCCCAGCAUGGGCACGAUUAGUCCUCACUGUGGUGUGUCCCUAUGUGUGGCAGCCCUGGUGGGGUUUGAGGAGUACAUGACAGCUUUAGUACCGGAGGGGAGUAAGAAGAGUCGAGGAAAAGCCUUCAGGAUUCCUGGACUGGGCAAGAGGGACAAAGAGCCAGACUCAACGUGAGCACACACACACAGACGUGCGCGUACAACACAGGCAGACAGAAACCCAGCUAUUUUUACCAAGCAGCCAAGAUAAAUGGAAAUUACUGGAGAGAUGUCGUCACACGCACUCAGAUGAUAAAUCCCAAUUACCCUCACUUUCUUUUGUCAGCUCCAUCUGUGAUACUAUCUUGUUACUUCGCUACAUUCACCUUUGUGUUUCUUUUUGCAGGGAUUCGGCUGUGACGGAGACACCAGUGAGUAUAUGCUAAUUCACAGUUGUACACAGUGGCUUAAAAACCAUCAAGUCAAUGGCAGUUCUUCCAUUAUCAGUUCUACAUCCCUGGUGGUGGUGAUUUAAACAGCAUAUCACUGUGCCCCCCUGCCAACUUACUGGCAGACACAUCAAUGCUGUGUGUGUGUGUGUGUGUGUGUGUGUGUGUGUGUGUGUGUGUGUGUGUGUGUGUGUGUGUGUGUGUUGUGGUUUGUGUGUCGAAUUUGUGCGUGUGUAUGAGCAAGGGAGAGUAAUCAUAUGUGUGCCAAUGGCAUGUCUGGCAGCGUUUGGUUACCUUGUCUAGUUUUAUUAUUGUGAGCAGUGGCGGAUAAAGUACCCAAUUGUCAUACUUGAGUAAAAGUAAAUAUACUUUAAUAGAAAAUUACUCAAGUAAAAGUGAGUCACCCAGUAAAAUACUACUUGAGUAAAAGUAUUUGGUUUUAAAUAUACUUAAGUAUCAAAAGUAAAUGUAAUUGCUAAAAUAUACUUAAGUAUCUAAGUCAUUUCAGAUUCCUUAUAUUAAGCAAACAAGACGGCACAAUUUUCUUGAUUUAAUAAAAACAAUUUUACAGAUAGCCAGGGACACAGUCCAACACUCAGACAUAAUUUACAAACAAAGCAUUUGUGUUUAGUGAGUCCGCCAGAUCAGAGGCAGUAAGGAUGACCAGGGAUGUUCUCUUGAUAAGUGUGUGAAUUGGACCAUUUUCUUGUCCUGCUGAGCAUUCAAAAUGUAACGAGUACUUUUUGGGGUCAGGAAAAUGCAUGGAAUAAAAUGUAAAUUAUGUUCUUUAGGAAUGUAGUGAAGUAUUUUUUUUUUUUAAAUAUAUAGAAAUUACAGAUUCCCCCAAAAACGACUUAAGUAGUACUUUAAAGUAUUUAAAGGGGUUUUUGAGGUUGGCUGGAGAUCAGUGGGCUGCCAGGACUGUUUUAACAGACAAGUGUCACAUAUGAGGAGGAGGAGGAGGGGUGGGUUGUAUAGAGCAAACAGAGAUCUUAUUAUAUAAGAACCUACUGGGCCCCUCAAACCACCAUUUAACCAGGUCCUAGUUUUCACACAUUGCUCCUAAAGCUAUCUAACACUCCUGAUGAUAACAUCACAGGGUUAAGGGUUGUUAUGGUACUUUAAGCAUAUCAAACACUUGGAGAAAGUGUUUGUUUGUAUCUAACAUGGGUAUUCUCUAUUCUGCACACAGAACUCUCCCCUGGAGGUGGAUGAGGAGGGGUUUGUCAUCCGAGCAGACGUCAAUCAGAAUGAUAUCCUUUGCAGUGACAAUGACUAUCAGACGAGAGGCUAUCUCUACUGUAUUGUAGUAAUAAUACCUUGGACAGACCUCUUUAUCUUCAUAAUGAAAACAAGGCUUCCUGCCACUGUGUAAGAGAGUAUUCUAGAUGGUCUCCUAUGAGAUGAGUAGAACAUUAAGUCUCCCUGCCCCCUGAGAGACAUUUAAAUGGACUGAAAUGCUCUCUGUCUGACCCUAGUCCAGCUCCAUUCCAUUAUCAGUGAAUGAGGCUGGACAAUGGAAACCCUGACACUCCCAAAGUUGUCCAAGGCAUUAACCUCUUCCCUGUCCAUUUUAGUCAGUCCACUGUCCACCCUCAGUCACAUCACUUUUUCUUGACUCUGUCUGCACGCUGCUCGACGGAGGACAAGGAGGACAACUUCUACUCCAGCGACUCUGACUUUGAUGAUGAGGAGCCCAAGAAGUUCCACGUCCAGAUCCGUCCGGUGGGCAGCAGCAGCUGCAGCAACUCUGCUGCUACAGAGAUGGAGCUAAAGGCCACCGUGGGGGCACUCACACUGCCCCCCAACAGAGGGGUACGACGGGGAGAGAGAAGGGGAAAGGGGGAGGUUUAACCCAACCCCUCUGAACCAGAGAGGUGCGGGGGGCUGCCUUAAUCGACAUCCAUGUCAUCAACGCCCGGAGAACAGUGGGUUAACUGCCUUGCUCAGCGGCAGGAUGACCGAUUUUUACCUUGUCAGCUCGGGGAUUCAAUCCAGCAAACUUUCGGUUACUGGCCCAACGCUCCUACCCGCCAGGCUACCUGCCACCCCUAGGGGGAAGGAGUGGGUACAGGACCAGAGGGGAGGCAUGGGAUGAAAUGUGUUGUGGAUUUUCACAUGGUGUGGGAUCAAAAGUCUAAGAUUUAUGAAAAAGAUAAGCUCAGAAAUGUUUAUCUGUUUAUUAUGCCAUGUUUGUUUUUCCUGCUAUUACCUCUCCAUGUUGGUGCAAUAACAGCAGGAUGUAAACAUUCUAAGUUGUUUAGAUAUUGCCAGACAGUGUAAUUAACAACUCUGCUCUCUCUCAUUCCAGGUGUCAAUCAAACGACAUCUCUCCAGUAAGUUCCAUUAAAACCGGCUUCUUGUUAAAAAUAUCUGUAUCUGUUUGUCUCUGUCUGUAUGUUUUACGCAUUUCUCUGUGUGUGUGUUGUCCUCUGACUCCUCUUGACCUCUCUCCACAGGAAACAGCAGUACUACAGUACGUUCAGAGGGGGAGGGAGAGGGCGCCACCCACAGGGGUAAGUAGUUAGCACUCUCACUCUCCACUGUUUCUGCAGCAUCAGCAGUCCACUCUCCACUGCCCUGACCCUUACCAUGUACUUUAUAAUUUCACCGUAUUCUAUCAGUGUUAAAAGGUCAUAAACAUCUGUUUCAUAUGGUAUUCAUGCACAAGGAUACUAUUACUCUAUCUUUAAGGUUACUACCAGUCUGAAGUGAUGUUGUGAAUGGGAUUUACUGUAUUGCUUCUGGAUAGGCUUAACAGUGCAUAUCCAUCUGGUGAUGCAUCGUCAAGGUUGCUGACAUUGGCUGAAUGACACUGUCUAUUUGUCACACUUCGGUCUGUGUGGCACAUGAUUUAUUAGUGAGGGAUAAGCAGCCUGUGAUGCUACAGUAGGAGGCUAUUUGUGGAGGAGAUGGGAUAAAGCAGGGGAAAUGAGCAGGCAGGAUUAAUGAUGAGUGCCUUGAUUAAAACAGUAGCAUAAAGCGCUGGGCUGAUGUUGCUUAGAGAAGCCAGGCUAAUGGCUGGUAUUUAUCUUUAUGGAAGGUAAUGGGUAUUCCCUUACAGCUGCCCACCAUCAGCACUCUAGCUAAUCACAUCUCCCCCUGAUUGGGGACCAGUCACAAAUUAAAUUUCACUAACUGUGUGUGUACUUUGCAGAGGGAGAGCAGGACGGCCUACGCAGAUCCACCUCCAGUCCAGAUCACAGUAGGUGAGUGAAUGUCAGUCACACUCCACUCCUCCCCUCUCUCCUCCCUCUGAAGUACAUAGCUGUAGCAGGGAGAUGGAGAGAUGCUGUGGGAGAGGAACCCAGCAGGAGAUCUGAUGAUAGUACUGCAUCACCUGACAUUAUCUCUGGCUGUGCUUUUUGUUCGCUCCUGGUAACGUAUUAUCUCCCUCUCUCCUUCCCUCACUGUCUCUUUCCCUCUCUCAUUCCAUCUGUCUCUCACCCACCCUCUAGGUUGAGUUCUACUGCGUCAGGCUCGGACAGUCUCUUUGGACCUCCUCUGGAGUCGGCCUUCAAGUCAAAAAGCUUUGCUGGUAGAGAUCAGCUACAGAGAGCAGAGAGUGCAUUUGGUGCAUCUGAAUGUAAAUACGGUUUAAAGUAUUAUGAUGUAUGAUUGAUAGGGACAGAAGUUUUUCCAGUCAGUAAAAACUCCUGAUCCUAUAUAUGCAUGUAUGAUACAUACUGUUUUAGAUAGUAGAAUGAUCGUCUCUCCUUGUUCCCUCCAGAUGCUGCCUUCUCCUCUGACUCCUCCUCUCCUGAGAACGUUGAGGACUCAGGGCUGGACUCACCUUCCCAUCAGCCCCUGGACCCCUCCCCUGAGCCGGCUGGUUGGGCAGCGUGGCCGUCAGCAGGUCAGAAUAAAGAACCAGCAGGACUGGGCAGGCCAGAAGACCCCUUCCUCACUGUCUUUAGAGACCCUUCCCCGGGACGCAGCCCCCACCCCCAGGAUGACCCUGCCAGUAUCUGGGCAGCUGCUCCACGAUCCCCCCGCCCCCCUCCAGACAUGGACCCCUCAGCCCUCUGCUUCCCAGCCUUUUCCCAGUCCCUGGCCCCUCCAGAGCUGGAGCCGGCCCUGUGGAGCUGUAAACACAUCCCUCCUGAGGACCCCUUCCUGGUCGCCUUCGAGAGGACCGUCAUCCAGGAGACCCUGCCCCCCCCUGACGCCUGGGCCCCCCCACGCCCGCGGCCCUCCAGAGACGGAAGGGGGAUAGAGGUACAGGGCGAGCCCUUCUCCGGCUCCCUUAGUGACAGUAAAACCCUCCCCGCCCCCUCCUCCUGCUCUCGCAAGGAUAGGGACAGGAAACGAGACCGUAGUGCCCCGCCCCCAGAAUCACCUGACGACCCAUUCGCUAUCACUAUGAUUGGCAGCCCCACCCACCAGUCAGCCCUAGCUGCUGCGACAGGAGUCCUGACCCACAUCGGCAGCAGUAGUAGGCUGACCCCCAACUCCAACUCCCUCCCCUUAUCCCAUCCUAAGAAGGAGCUGGUCCACUGGAACUCUGUCCACAACCCCUUCAGUGAGGGGACCUCGGCUGGGUCUCUGGCCCUGGGUGGACUGGUCCAGGAGGGAGGGAGGAAGCAGCGCGAGUCACGCAGCGAAAGCGAGCCACGCAGGAGCGGCCUGCCUCUCACACGGCAUUCUGGGCCACAGGAGGACCUGUGCUUUUCUACUGAUAAAGACCAGAACUGUCUGGACCUGAACACACCACAGCCGCCCUGCAACCUGGGCUCACACAAGGGUAUGACUGUUGAACACUACAUUACUGGGCUCAGAUGUCUAUGCGCUAGCUAUCUUUUGAGAUUGUACAACUAUGUUUCACUCUAUUCAAAACUCCACGCUGUCUAUUACAGGUUGUAAUAUUGGUAAUAUUCCUCCAGGUUCGAAGCAUAGCUUCAGGCAGGACAGUGCAGAGCUGCUGGUGGCAGCCCCUCCCAGACCAGCCAGAGCCAAGAGGUCCUCAGGCAGACUGAGUGGCUGUGAGAGAGUGAGUGUCUUCAGGAAAAUCAACCUGACUACAGAAGCUCUGGUCUGGUCUCACUCCCAGACCUGUGAAUUUUACAGCUAUAAGCCUGUAGACUACUUAAUGAAACCUGUUUCCUGUGUGUCUUCAGUCCAGGUCAGUGUGCUCGUCUCCUCAGCCGGACCCCAGCCCAGACCUCACCUCGUCGUCCUCCUCCAGCCCCAGUGAGUGGGGGGCCCAGACCCGCGCCCCCAGCCCUGCCAGAGGUGGGCAGCCCUCACCCCUCUCACACCUGCACCAAGACCAUGCGUGCCUACACAGUUAGUCUGAACACAACCCUUUUCAUACCAGUUUUUUUAAAGAUACUCAAUAGCAUAAAGCGCUUAUGAAUAAGGACAUUGUGCCUUGAACUUGUCAUAGACAUAGCUAUUCUUCCCACAGUGCAUCUGUCUCGGGGUCCGAGCCCGAUCUCCCUGAGCACCCAGGAGUCCUGGCCUGUGGCUGCAGCUAUCACAGAAUACAUCAAUGCUUACUUCAAAGGUGGACAGCAUAACCGGUCAGUAUACAUAAGCCGUCUGUACACCAGAUCCAAUGUUAUAAACCUUUUAUACACAGGCCUGCUGAAAGCUGAGUGUGCGCGUUUCUCUUCUCUCUUCUCCAGCUGUCUGGUGAAGAUCACAGGAGAUCUCACCAUGUCUUUUCCUGCUGGAAUCACUCGUAUAUUCACUGCUAACCCCAACGCCCCGGUCCUCAGCUUUCGAUUGGUCAACAUCUCCCGGGUUAACCACUUUCUGCCCAAUCAGAAGCUGCUUUACAGGUAGAUUAAUAUGGGCUAUGGGAUUGGUUGUGAGGUUAUGAUGUAUAGACAGGUUGCGUGACAACGUCACACAAAUUAUCUGCGCACAUCGCAGGGGUAGAAGGCUGUGUGUCGUUAUGAUUCUGAAUGAUCCGAUAGCUAGUAACAAUGACAAGAAGCUGCCAUGUGGGGAAUCAUAGGGGGCUUGUUUCAGCUAGUUUUAUCUGGUUCUUGAUACCAUGUUUUGUUUUUAGGUGUUUUGACUUAAACCACGUCUAUGACAAUACGGCUAAAAUUCGCCCCCGAAGAUGCACACGCAUUGGUUUUGUUGCUAAACAACACACCCGUCUACAGAUUGCUGAAAUGGUAGGAUAUAUCUCAUUCUCCUGAGUGUGUUCUACUCCACAGUGACCCCUCUCAGAGUGACCCAGACACCAGGGACUUCUGGUUCAACAUGCAGGCACUGUACCUUUACCUGCAGAGAGAGGCGGAGCUCAACCCCCAGGCGUCCUACUAUAACGUGGCCCUACUCAAGUACCAGGUGAGUGAGUGAUGAAGUACAGUGUUACUCUCUUACCCUCUGUCAUCUGAAGUUACACACAAGUAUUUUUCAAGAUACAUAUUUUCCUCUGUCUUCCAAAUGACAGCAUUGUCCCAACAUCAACAACCUUUUCUCCUUUCUUCCCUCUCUCCCUCCCGCCCCUCUCAGGUGUCGUCCCAGGACCCUGGUCGUGCUCCCCUCCUGCUGUCAGCAGAGUGUCAGCGUAGUGGCACAGUGACCCGUGUGUCACUGGACUACCACUGCUGCCCUGCCACCGCCCCCUCCACCCAGCUCACUGCUGUGCAGGUGCUGCUGCCCCUCGACCACACCGCCACAGACCUGCAGUGCCAGCCCCCAGCCUCCUGGUGAGUGGGGAUGGAAGCAUGGUAGUGGGAUUGAAAGGGUGAUAUAAGGUGGGCGGAGGAUGGAAGGUGGGCCGAGGGAUAGAGGGAUAGUGACAGUAGGAGAAAGGACGGAUUGAAGGUCAGCGAGAGGGUGAGGACAGACUGGGAAAGAGAGAGGAGUGGGAACUGGGUUGGCCCCACUGACCCUCUAUUGUCUGCCUUCACAGGAAUGCUGAGGAACGACAGCUACUGUGGAAACUACCCAACCUCUCCCCCACCAACCACAGCAAAGGUUACUGACCUGUCUCUGUCUUUCUGUCUGGCCGUCAGUCUGUCUACAAUACAUCCGCACCCAUCUCACUCAGUGGCCACAUAUCGGUCAUAUUCUAGCUAUAUAAAUUAUAGGUAAGGAAAUAUAAAUGCAGUAUAAUGUUCUUUAUUCCAAGUCUGGCCCUUGACAACAUAAUCGCAUUGAGUGCCACCCUCUUCUCUAUUUUAAUAUGCAGCCUUUAUGAAGGUAUCAUUAUCUUAAAUAUUAAGAUUAGCAUAUGAAAGCUGAGCCUGUGAGUGGAAGAUGGGUCAGUGCUGGUGAUAAGAUAAGGGAGAAUUGGCAGGGAUGAUUAUUACAAAAAACAUUUUAGUCAUUAAGCAGACACAGUUAUCCAGAGCGACUUACAAUUAGUGCAUUCAUCUUAAAAUGGUUAGGUGAGACAAGACAUCACAAUCGUAUAAAGUAGAUUUUCCCUCAAAGUAUUUAUCAGCAGUCAGUGCUAGUGGGAAAAGACAAGAGCCUUUUUUUCUUUUUUUAUAACAAGCCAGUGUUAUUAACUUGCUCCUGUUAGUGUAGGGGAACUGAAGAAUGUGUCAAUUGUUGGUUGUUCCAGGCUCUGGCACUCUGUGUGCCAGCUGGCAGUGCCUGGAGGUUCCUCGCGGACCUCCCCCCAGCCUGGCAGUCCAGUUUGUGGGCUCCGGGGCCUCUCUGUCGGGCAUGGACGUGGAGCUGGUGGGCAGCCGCUACCGUAUGUCCCUGGUCAAGAAGAGAUUUGCCACAGGUAUAGUACAGUAACAUCAUAUGUUAUUAGGCCUGGCCAAUAAGAUAGUGUGUGGGCCUUGGAGUUUCACAAAAGGUUAUAUGAAAAAAAAGUUAAUGGGUUUCACCACAUAUGUUUGUGUCUCCUUGGCAGGGAAGUACAUGGCAGGCUGCUCCUUGUGA